AUGGACAACAAAGGGUCAUCACUGAAAGGGUCACUCCUGCUCCUGCUGCUGCUGGCGUCAAACCUUCUCCUGUGCAAGAGCGUGGCCUCCCUGCCCAUCUGCCCCAGUGGGGCUGUCAACUGCCAGGUGUCCCUCCGAGACCUGUUUGACCGCGCCGUCAUCCUGUCUCACUACAUCCAUAACCUCUCCUCAGAAAUGUUCAACGAAUUUGAUAAACGGUAUGCCCAGGGCCGGGGGUUCAUUACCAAGGCUAUCAACAGCUGCCAUACUUCUUCCCUCUCUACUCCUGAGGACAAGGAGCAAGCCCAACAGAUCCAUCAUGAAGACCUUCUGAACUUGGUACUCAGAGUUUUGCGCUCCUGGAAUGACCCUCUGUAUCACCUAGUCGCGGAAGUGCGUGGUAUGCAAGAAGCCCCAGAGGCCAUCCUAUCAAAAGCCAUAGAGAUUGAAGAGCAAAACAGACGGCUUCUAGAGGGCAUGGAGAAGAUAGUCGGCCAGGUUCACCCCGGAAUCAAAGAAAAUGAGGUCUACUCUGUCUGGUCGGGACUUCCAUCCCUCCAGAUGGCCGAUGAAGACAGUCGCCUUUUUGCUUUUUAUAACCUGCUCCACUGCCUCCGGAGGGAUUCACAUAAGAUCGACAAUUAUCUCAAGCUCCUGAAGUGCCGAAUGGUCUACGACAGCAACUGCUAA